CUCUAGUCUACAGUCUACACUAUUCUAAAGUUCUUAUUCUUAACUGACAGCUGUUGUACUCAUACAACUCUUUAAUAAUUAUUAUCAAUUCCUGAUCAGUAUUUCUUAUGAGAUUUAUUUCGAAUUAUUAAUUUUUCAUUAACAUUUUUAACUUAUAUAUAGUAACUAUUAUUGUUUAACACUUGACAGAAAUGUUUUGUUCAAUGGCCUACUUUACACUUUUAAAAUUAAUUUUAAUAUGCAUGUCUACUAUCACUUUUGGUAUAACACAUUCAACUUUAGAUACUAAAGGAAUAUUACAUUCAAAAAAAAUUAAUGAAUGCCAGCGUUGUAAAGUAGUAACUGAUUCUUUUAGUCACUGGCUUGAAGAAACCUCUCGAGGUAAACACGAAGGUGGCGAUGCCGCUUGGGAGGAAGCUAAAUUAAAGUCUUAUGCGCGAAGCGAAAUGCGAUUAGUUGAAAUUCAAGAAAACUUAUGUUCUGAAUUAAAAAAUCAUCAAGACGAUUGUUAUUCUCUCUCAGAGGAAGCAGAAUCACUCCUGGAAAAUUGGUGGUUUCAUGAAUAUCAAAAUAAUUUAGAUUUAUAUACUUGGCUUUGCAUAGAAAAUUUACAAUACUGUUGUCCAUCGAAUCAUUAUGGUGAAUCCUGUACCCUUUGCCCGCAUAUUAAGAAUAACAAAAUAUGUGGGGGAAAUGGAAAAUGUGAUGGUGAAGGGACACGUAAAGGUGAUGGUCAUUGUAUUUGUAAAAGAGGAUUUACAGGCAUUGAUUGUGAAGAAUGUUCCCAUAAUUUUUACAAUGCAAGUAACGAAUCCUGCAAACCUUGCCAUAAAGCGUGUGAUGGAUGCCAGGGUGAUGGAGUAGAAACCUGUGUCAAAUGUGCUGCUGGUUGGACUAUGAACUCUGGUAAAUGUGUUGAUAAUAAUGAAUGUUUGGAUUUGUCUAUUUGUAAGAGUAAUGAGUAUUGCAUAAACAAAGAAGGAACAUUUGCCUGUAAAUUGUGUGAUAAGACAUGCAAAUCAUGUGAAGGUCCUGGUCCAUCCAGCUGCUCAUCUUGCUCUCCCGAUCAUGUCUUAUGGAUUGGUAAAUGUUUAGAUAUUAAAAUUCAAAGGGAUCUUUUAAUAAAUUGCUCAAUGAGAAUAGCUUCCUAUUUAUGCUUGGUUAUCCUAGUGAUGUUUUUAUAUAGAAAAUCAAAAUCAUUAGCAUCCCUCACAGUUUUAAUUAUUUCACUUCUGAUAUAUUAUUCUGAAACAACUUCUGAAGUAGGUUUGAUUAAAAUUAUUCCUUAUUUUUCCAAUUAAUAUUAAUGUAAUUAAUUAAAUUAAUUAAAGAAACAUUUUUAAAGGUGUAUUAAAAAUACAUUUUAUUGUGAAAGGUACAUAACUACAUUUAGUAUCAAUUAUAUACAAAAAUUAAAUACAAUUAACAAAACUUCCAUUUCUUAUCAGCAUAUAUUUGCCAAAAA